AUGUUGUUUUUCUCGUACUUCAAAGAUUUGGUGGGAAGAGAAGUGACGGUAGAACUCAAGAACGACUUGGCUAUCAGAGGGACAUUGCAUUCUGUUGAUCAAUACCUCAACAUCAAGCUCGAAAAUACUCGUGUGGUUGAUCAAGACAAGUACCCUCACAUGCUUUCUGUAAGGAACUGCUUCAUCAGAGGAUCAGUGGUGAGGUAUGUGCAAUUGCCUCCAGAAGGUGUGGACAUUGAACUAUUGCACGAUGCCACAAGGAGAGAAGCCCGGGGUGGUUGA